AUGGAUAUAGAGUUUGCCACAAGGACUAUUCAAAUUAAUGGAUCACAGCAUAAAAUAUUGUUGCAAAAUAAUAAUGGUCCGUGCGCACUAUUGGCCCUUGCCAAUGUUCUUCUGCUCGCACCACGUCAGGCCAGUGUAGCGCAGGAACUGAUUUAUUUAGUGAGAAGAAGCGAUACAGUUUACUUGCAGGAUCUGAUACAGGUGUUGGCAAACAUUGGGAUUCAGGAUCAGAAUGGCGCUGAUAGCGACGUGACUCAGCUUUUACAACUUUUGCCUCGAUUGCACGCUGGUAUGAACAUCAAUCCCAAGUUCAAUGGGUCAUUUGGGGAUGGAGUGGAGAUGUCAAUUUUCCGACUCUAUAACGUCGACAUAGUACACGGAUGGAUAAUCGAUAGCUCCAGCGAUCCUGUCGCAUACGAACACGUCUCCAAAUAUUCUUAUGAGGAGGCUCAGAGGGUUCUCGUUGAGUCCUAUGAAAUCAAGCAAAAGACUUUAUCCACGAGUAAUGCCGAUCAAAUCCUUGAGGAUGCCAAUUAUAUCAAAUCCUUUUUUGCUAGGUCCGCGACCCAACUAACGGAGUAUGGUCUUAGACAUUUGCGCGAAGUUCUAGUCGAGAAAUCAUUUGCCAUUCUUUUCAGAAAUGACCAUUUCUCUGCCAUUUACAAGAACAACGAUGAGUUGUUCACCUUGGUGACUGAUUUGGGUUUCAAGAGCCGUACCGAUGUUGUUUGGCAAGCAUUAAAAUCUGUGAAUGGCUCCCAGGAUACUUUUUACACUGGUAAUUUCAUACCAACAAGUCUUGAGAGAACGGCAACAACGGCAACAGCCAACCCAGCUGAAUCAUUUGCCUCGAAUCCCUUCAGCGAUCAAAAUGAGGCUCGUGGUCCAGCAUCAAACUCACUCCAGGGCUUUCAGCAACUUGAAAAUGAUGAAGAGCUAGCAAGAAGGCUACAGGAGGAAGAGGAUAGAGAAGCUGUCAGCCGUAUGCAAAGGUCUCACGAACGUAGAACCAAACAUUCUGAUGGGAAGGAAAAGAAAAACCGCUCCAAAAAUGAGAAAAAGGGCAGCAAGAAGGAGAAGCUCAAGAAAUGUAUUAUUAUGUAA